UGUCUUUAAAGCAUGUGAGCUGCUGAACAAGCUAGUCUAGUCGCGUUCUACGAAAGGUCAUCUUUGAAAUUGGAUCACGUACUGGUCCAUCACCACUACCUUAAUUAACUCAAAGGUGAGCCAUGCCGUCGGUUCCCUCCAGCACAGAUACUGUGCGCCCUGUGUCCUCCGUCUGCCCCCACGCAGCUAUGCUCCACAACGACGACACCAAUGCCAACGGAGAGGCCGGUAUUUUGAAUGGGGGGUCCAAGGUCAACGGAGAAGCAAUGUUGAAUGACCCCAAGUUCUCCAUGAAUGGAUCGGCCCAAGUGAAUGGGGACGAGGUGGAGAAGGACCUGGAGAACGCAGCCGCGGGCACUGAGGAGAGGCAGUGGAUCCGUCCUGAUCUGCCCAGUAGAUGCACCUGGAAACUCGGCGUGUCCUCUGCUGAGUCCCCUCACUGCCACCCUAAACGGACCGAAGCCCCCAGAAUUCUACCAAACAUCCUCAGGAGGAUCGGAGACACACCUCUGGUCCGCAUGAACAAGAUACCCAAAGCCUUCGGCCUCAAGUGUGAACUCUUGGCCAAGUGUGAGUUCUUCAAUGCAGGGGGCAGUGUGAAGGACCGUAUCAGUCUGAGAAUGGUGGAGGAUGCAGAGAGAGCUGGCAUCCUCAAACCUGGAGACACCAUCAUCGAGCCCACCUCUGGCAACACAGGUAUUGGUCUGGCCCUGGCCUCUGCAGUCAAAGGCUAUCGCUGCAUCAUCGUCAUGCCUGAGAAGAUGAGCAUGGAGAAGGUGGACGUGCUGAGAGCCUUGGGGGCGGAGAUCGUGCGUACCCCCACCGCCGCCCGUUUUGAUUCGCCAGAGUCCCACGUGGGCGUAGCCUGGCGUCUGAAGAACGAGAUCCCCAACUCGCACAUCCUUGACCAGUACCGUAACGCUAGCAACCCCCUAGCCCACUACGACAGUACUGCUGAGGAGAUCCUGGAGCAGUGUGAUGGUAAGGUGGACAUGUUGGUGGCAGGAGCUGGCACAGGUGGCACCAUCACUGGCAUCGCCCGCAAGCUGAAGGAGAGAUGCCCCAACAUAAAGAUCGUGGGCGUGGACCCUGAGGGUUCUAUCCUGGCUGAGCCAGAGGAGCUGAACAUGACAGACAAGACCCAAUACGAGGUGGAGGGCAUCGGAUAUGACUUCAUCCCCACCGUGCUCGACAGAUCUGUGAUUGACACGUGGUAUAAGUCCAAUGACGAGGAGUCCUUUGCCAUGUCACGCAUGCUGAUUAGGGAGGAGGGGCUUCUCUGCGGAGGUAGUUCAGGCACGGCCAUGUCUGCAGCAGUCCGAAUGAGUACAGAGCUGAAGGAGGGACAACGCUGUGUCGUCAUCCUGCCUGACUCCAUCCGCAACUACAUGUCUAAGUUCCUCAGUGACAAGUGGAUGUGUGAUAAGGGCUUCCUAAGCCUAGAGGACCUGAUGGUAUCCAAACCCUGGUGGUGGAACCUGACACUGCAGGGUCUGAACCUGUGUGCCCCUCUCACCGUGCUACCCUCCGUCAACAUCAAGAAGACCAUCAAGAUCCUCAAGGAGAAGGCUUUUGACCAGGCACCUGUCGUUGACGAGUCCGGCAUGAUCCUAGGGAUGGUUACCCUGGGCAACAUGUUGUCUUCAGUGCUGGCUGGGAAGGUCAAAGCAUCUGACCCUGUCUCCAACGUGCUCUACAAACAAUUCAAACAGGUGCAACUGACAGAUAACCUGGGAAUGCUGUCCUGUAUCCUGGAGACAGAUCACUUUGCCUUGGUGGUGCAUGAGCAGAUCCAAUACAUGGCGGAUGGCUCCCACUGUCUGAGACAGAUGGUGUUUGGGGUGGUGACAGCCAUUGACCUACUCCACUACAUCACCACGCGUGAGAGGCGGGGAAGCGCACGGGAUCGCACGCUGUCGGAGUGCUCCAUAACGUCCGAGUGCUCGCUGACCGAAGAGCUGUAACCACUUCCUGUUUCCUGUGCGGAGGAGGAAGUGACCGCCCGCGUGACACACCCUCCGAACAAUGACAAUGAAGAAGAUGAUGUAGACUUUUAGGAGUGGCAGAGGUUGUGGUUUAGUCUUAAAAUAAUUGUAUAUUAUUUUCCACACUUCUUGGCUACAGCUGUUUUGUAAUUUUUCUGUGAUUAUAAUCAUAAUUUACUGUAGCCUAUGCUGUGAUGGAAGUAACGUAGCUGGUUUCUGAUACAUAGUUUUCCGCUAACUUUAAGGUAUAUAAAUUACAUUUUACAAACGGUGUGCAACUAGAUGUUUCCAUCUGUCUUGCCUCUUCAUUAUUGAAAGUAACUUUUACUUUAUUUUCUCUUAAAAAUAAUAGUGUUCCUCUGACUUUUCAUUUUAUUGCAGAGCAUACUAAAACAUUAGAAUAUACUCAGUAAAUUUGAAUCUUUCAGCUAAAUAGUCAUCAUCUAGCUACCAUUUUGUAUUGCAUUGAGAUUUGUAUGUAAUGUGACUUUCAUUUAAUGGGGAACAACAAAACAUUUCUGAAAUUUGCUGUUCCCCUUUUAGAAAUAAAAGCCCAUCGUAGUUUUUCUUUGAUACAAACAGUUACAUUGCCAUCUAGUGAUGGCUAAAGACAUAGCAUGUGCCUAAAAUGGUAAUUUGGGUUCAUCGAUCUUAGUUGAAUACCUAUUCAGUAUGGAAAAAAUAGAGGCGUUACAUUGACAACAUUCAAAGAGAGAGGAUGUCAAUGAAGGGUACCUGUCUUUUGUUUGAAGGGUUUGGCUUUGAAGAGUAACCAAGCACACAGGGUAGGUCAAGCCAUGGAUAGGUGAGUUUGGCACAAAACCAAACUGCAACCCAAACAGUAUGACUUGUGUUGGGUCAAUUUUUUUUAUUGUAUUGAAACAAGACGUAUUGAAUAAGGCUAUAUUGAAUAGUUGGCUGGUUGAAAGUAUUUAAAGUAGCCUAACAGUGCAGGUCUUUUAUACAGACCUGUCUGGGGCAGGUUGUUUAAGUUGGGUUGUUUGACCUUUUUUUGCUACUUUUCUGUUCUGUUUGACUUAAUGUUCAAUCAUGAAUGUGUUAUGUUAUGUAUGACCUUGGACCCAGAGCUGUUAUGAUCUAUUCAAUAACUUCCACUUUAGCAGGGAUGGAUGUGUAUGUAAAUGACUUUAGUGUCAUAUUUGCGUGAGGUGGAGCGUGUUGUGAUGCUGUUAUGGUUAUGAAAGUGAUAUUUGAACAAUAUUCCCUGUCUUUAUUUCCACCCUGGCUCUGGGUUCAGCUGUUCAUUUCAUAUUUCUCUUGAUUUGUCGAUUUCAGGUUAUUUUGUGAUGUAACUAUUAUUACUGGCUUCCAUUAAAGUAUUUUUUUCUCUUGAA